AUGGACAACAAAAGCACAUGUGUAUCGAUAGGAAAGUUUCCAUUUGAUUAUACAGAGGAGCAAGUGUUAGAAAUAGCGAGGUCUGUGGGCCCUGUUCUAGACAUCAAGCUAUUAUUUGACGAAUUAACCGGAAAAUCCAAAGGAUAUGCCAUUGUAAACUACGGAGAUAUUGAAACGGCAGGAUCGGCAGUACGCAAUUUGAAUUAUACAUCACUACCUAAUGGGAGGUUUUUGAAAUGUGCCAUUGUGAAUGAUUAUGAAAUGAUUGGAGACGAAGAUUCUGCAGUCAAGUUGCCACCUUUACCGCUAGGAAUCCAAAUACAUCCCAACCAGAAUGCAUCACAAGUAAUAUCUAGCAUACUUUCUAAUAUUGACUCCAAUUCAGCGCUACAGUUAUUGAAGGAAAUGAAAAACAUGAGUCAGGAAAACCCAAAAGGCACUAAGCUUUUGCUUGAAAGGUUCCCGCAGUUGGCUUUGGCUAUGGUAGAAUUGGGCUUAUUGACAAACACUACUAAUCAUGAGCUUAUAGAGUUGACAUUGAACAAAAAACCGGUUGAAUUGAAAAGCUUGUCCCCUGAUCAUGUUGAACUACUACAGUCGGUCUAUAAAUUGUCAGAUGAUCAACUUAGUGAAUUGAGCGAAGCCCAACAGGACAUUGUGAAACAAGUCAAACUUGAAAUUGAAAAAGGAUCGUAUGGUGAGAUAUUAAGUACCCCUGCCAGUCAAGACUGA